GGGCGCGUCGUGUUCCGCGUGUGUCCGCGGUGCCAGCAACCGCUGUACUCGGCCGCCGCCUUCUCGCAGCACAUGGACCUGCACGCUGGCCGCACGCGCUGUCGCCACUGCAGCCGUGUGCUCAGCAGCCGGCAGCGUCUGCAGACGCACCUGGAGCGCGUGCACGGCAUCAACGCCAGCGACCGAGCAGCGGGCCGGGUCGGCCGCCCCACUCUGCCACCGGCGGCCGGCUACGCGCCCAUAUUAGGCCCCGGUCACAUACCCCGGCCGAAUGUGUAGUGGCUGCUGCCGGCUGACCUCCUGCCCACACCAGGUCCGGUCACGACCCCGGGCGUCCUGGCCGGCGGUGGGCGGACGUCAGCGCGCUGGCCGUCCGACUGGCUGUCAUCUGUUUGCCAGUGAUCGCUGACACAGCGCCAGUUAUCAGACCUUGUGCCCUGUGGCCAGUGAGCCAGUCGCCGCACCGGGCAGUAACUGAAACAUCGGUCUCGCGCCUUGGAGACAGACUUCGCGUAUUCAGUAAACCACAGUUGAAAACGUCGGCAGAAUCGUUCUGCGCUGAUGUCUGACCAGGUCUGACCUCCGACACGGCUUUCUCAGCUUGUCCUGGUGGCGUCCGCCACUGUGAGGGAUCGCCCUUCCGAAUGUUGCGAGCUGCACUUGUUAGGCGGCGGCUUGAGUGAUAAAGGCCUUCUUAGCUGCAGUGAUUGGUUUGACAGCGCGUGGUCUGCGCGCGAUGGAGACGACGGACUCUGCAAAAUGUUGCACGGUCGCUUGUGUGCGGUUCAUUUUCUUUUCAGAUCUUUCCUUCGUUGCAGUGAAGUAAGGGAUGAGAACCACCAGGUGAGCCAAUCUGAGGGUUCAUUCCGUUUACUGCAAUGGUGCGUUUGUGCGUGUGCGUGUGCGUGUGCGUGUGCGUGUGCGUGUGCGUGUGCGCGUGCGCGUGCGCGCGUGUGUGUGUGUCGCGCUCGAUCUGUGAAUGCGUCGCGUAUCUGUUUAGUUAUUGAUAUAUCUAUGGUAGUCCUGAACGGCAGGCAUUGCUGGUAUGCCAAAGUGCUUGACUCAUUUAUCACGUCAGUCACAGUCGCCAGCGUGUUUUUUUUUUGUUAUUGUUGUAGCAGCCUGCAUUUUAGCCACCAUGAUAAACCAUGCCUGUCAUGUUUCAUAUAUCUGACCGCACUACCACUCCGCUCUUGUUGACUCCGCACCACUAUGGGGUGCAAAGCUUCGCCUUACGCCUAUCGGCGAUUUAUUGUUUGUGAGGAAAUCCCGAGCACACCUAUCGUCGUGUCUUUCUUGCGACAGCAACCGGCAGAACUGGACGCUGCGACGAGCCUGGCUGUUUGCGGUGCAGCGUUAUCGUGCACAGGCUUUCUUUUGAGAUCCCACAUGUCUCCCCAAACCACAAAUAAACCAGCUUUGCUUCCAUAAUGCUAGUGAUUCUGUGUUUCCUGCACUUCGUGGAAGUCGUUAUAACUAAUUACAACGAGUGAGAUCUGACAAAAAUAAGUUAAAGAUGAUA